AUGCAUGCUACGAGGUACAAACAUCCCCCGGCGCAGAGACAGGUUAUGCGUGUACUUCUUAUGCCUGCUGUCUACUCAAUAGUAUCCUUCUUCUCCUACCGCUACUACACCGAAUACGAAUACUACAUCCUGGCCGAGACCGCGUACGAAGCCGUGACGCUGUCGGCGUUUUUGAUGUUGUUGAUGGAGCUGGUGUCGAUGGGGACUGUGGAUAUGCAUAUUGGGUCGGUGCUGGCGGAGAAGGAUAAGAACAAGUUUCCGUUUCCGUUCGGCUUUUGGAGGUUCCGAGCGAGCAAGCCGUAUUUCUGGCAUGCCCUCAGUUUCAGCGUGAUGCAGUAUGUCGUCCUCCGGCCGCUCAUCUCCAUCAUGGGUAUCAUCUGUCAAUACUACCGCGUCCUCUGCCCAGAAGCAUAUUCCAUCCACUAUGCCGGCGUAUACCUCGACACUGUAGACUUUGUGUCGAUCUCGGUAGCGCUUUAUGGGCUGAUUGUGUUUUAUGUUUUGUGCAAGGAUGAGCUGAAGGGGAAGAAACCUUUGAACAAGUUCAUAGCCAUAAAACUCAUCGUCUUCUUCACAUUCUACCAAUCCUUCCUCUUCUCCAUCCUCCAAUCCCACGGCGUCAUCAAGGCCACGGCCAUGUGGACGGCGACGAAUGUGUCGGAUGGCUUGGCGGCGCUGUUAUGUCCCCCCCCCCCUCUCUCCCCCCUCUCUCUCCCUCCUUAUCAUUGCUGUAAAGAAUACAAGCUCAUAAAGAAUUUCCCUCCGACAAACAGCACCGACCCAUCCAAAAACCCGCAUCAUCAGCGCGAAACCCGUUCCAAUUUCAAAACCUACCUCCAAGCCAUCUGGGAUACUGUCAACCUGUCAGACUUUGGGGUGGAAGUGUAUAGGGCGUGUAGGUUUUUUGUGAAUUAUGCGAGGGGGAAGCCGGGGACGCAUUCGGAGAAUACCAUGUUGCAGAGGACGUUCAUGCCCGAUUCCAUCCCGUAUCAGAGUCAAGAAAUUGGUAUGAUCAACAAACACUUUUCCAGCAACUCUUCUACUGUCGACGCUUCCGGCAACGCUUCCGGCGACGCUUCCCCCAACGCUGGCGGUGGCGUUGGCGGUGGGUGGGGCCAGAGUUAUGCCCAGGAGGGGGGCAAGGGCAAGGGUGCUGCGCCUAUGGCUCAGACUCAACCCUCAUCUUACGCUUACGCCGACGAUCAAGGACAAGCGACCCAAGGGCAAGGCUACCACCACCAAUCUCCAUUCACGCAACACCAACACCAAGAUUCCCAAGGACACGCCAUGCACCCGUCGUCGUCAUACGAAGCCGACUCUCCCGGGCCAGGGGAGUAUCGGCGUGUCGAGAUGGAUCGUGGGGACCCGUUUGUUACCGCUACCGCUACCGACGCCGUGUUCCCUGAGGCGAGACCUACGGGUACAGCGGGCACAGCGGGUACAGCGGGCACGGGGCAAGAGGAAGAGGGUGGAAGGGGGCAGACUUUGCAGGGGGGAUGGUCUGGGGAGACGCAGGUUGAGGCGAGGGAUUUGGGGAGUGGGAGUGCGCAUUGGCCUGAGGCGAGGCCUUUGGGGAAAUGGGAAUGA